AUGGCUUCCGCGGCUACUCUCGCGUCCUGGUACCCCGACGGGACAGCCAAAGCCAAACAACUGACAAACGCCAACAUCUUCCAGCGCAACCUCGAGGCAGCGCUCGACCUCCGCCGCGCCGAGGGCGGCUUCUUCAAGAUCCAGAAGGGCCUCCCCGCGCCCGACAGUGUUGACUUUAGCACGUUAGACGUGCUGUCCCUCACAUCGAGCGGCACCAUGCGCCACGCGUACCUGGAGGAGCUGGCCCGCCACCCGGAGUUCAAGCUCAACGACGGCAGCUCGCGGCUGAUGAGUGACAGCUCCUACACGGAUGCGGCGGAGCGCGAGAUCGCCGAGUUUCAUGGUGCCGAGACAGCGCUGAUGCUCAAGUCGGGGUGGGACGCCAACGGCGCCAUCAUGACGGCGAUUCCGCGGCCUGGGGAUGCCAUCGUGUACGAUGAGCUGAUCCACGCCAGUAUACACGAGGGGAUGAACCUGAGUCUUGCUGCCACCAAGGUCGCCUUCAAGCACAACGAUGUCGACAGUUUCCGCGAGGUGCUGCUCAAUAUCCGCGAGACACAGCAGCUGAUCCGCGAGGGCAAGCGCUGCGUCCUCGUCAGUGUCGAGUCCGUCUACAGCAUGGACGGCGACGUCGUGCCACUCAAGGAGAUGGUGCUGAUCGGAAAGGAGAUAUUCCCCGAGGGCGUAGUACAGUUCAUCAUUGACGAGGCACACUCGACAGGUGUCAUCGGUGAGGGCGGCAAGGGCCUCGUCAAUGAGCUGGGGCUUGAGAAGGAGAUCGCCGUGCGCAUGCAUACUUAUGGCAAAGCACUCGCGACCAGUGGAGGAGGCAAGUUGGCCUCCCUCUCCACAGUACGCGAGAUGCUGGUCAACUACGGCCGUGUCAUCAUUUAUUCCAAUGCACCCCAAUUCUCCAUCAUUGCUGCCAUCCGAGCGGCCUACACGUUCAUGAAGUCGGGGCAAAUCGAACCUGUAAGCCCACCAUGUCGGCCAAAGAAAGAACAUAUGUUCCUUGCUCAUCCACGCAUAACUGACAAAAUCUCCUGCCUCACACAGCUACAAGCCCAGCUCCAAAGCCGCAUCCGCUACUUUUACAAAGCCAUCACCUCCCGUCCCAUCUACGACGAGGCCAACGACGCUGGCAUCCUCUCCAUCCCCAACGCCGAGAACUGGGAAGCUGAGACGCUGUUAACGCACAUCUCGUACAUUCUAACCCGUCAGCGGUACACGCUAUACCUCUACUUCCACCUACAGCUAGCCAAGUUCAUCGUGCUGCCCAUCAACUAUCCCGUCGUGCCCAAGGGCAAGUCACGCGUGCGGAUCGUGUUUCACGCCCGCCAUACCGAUACUCAGCUCGACGCCCUGGCUGAUUCCAUCUGCAACUUCGCAGAGGAGAUGCUGGCUAUCGAGGCGGCUGGAAAGAAGGCGAACAAGGUGCCUACUGCUGCGCGCCAGGUCUACGCGGCGAGACAGGGUACUGUGGCUGCUUGA